UUGCUACUUGGUGCAGGAAUUUGGUGCUUGCUCGAGACGUCGGACUAUUGCCCCUACUAUUCAGCCCUAUGGACGUCCGCCGUGUUGCUCGUCAAUGCUGUGCUAGGAGUGGCUGCAGCAAGACGUGGUACCGUCAACCUGUUUGUGGCACACCUGGUACUAUCGCUAAUCUCUCUAAUGCUGUGCGCGGCUGCUGCCGCUAUUUCAGCCAGGAACUGGCUCUUAAUCGGGACGUACGAACACCCGAGAAUCAAGCGUAAUGAGGCGUUCUGCGUGGUUGGCGAGCACGAUGCUGCACGACUACAGUAUAUGUUCAGUCAGCUGAACCGUUAUGACUUCCAGCACUGUAUGUAUCAGCUGAAAGUUGGCGUCUCCGUCAAUACUCUACAGCUCGCUCUUGUUGUUGUUCAAGGUCCGUUUUUAUGCACUUCAGAUCAUGUCUUAAGACGCAGAGAUAGUGCAUAUUAUGAAGGCUUAAAAAAUUCAAUUUUGUAUAAAAACACUAAAGCGUCUCAAUGUUUCAAUUACCUAUGGAAGGCGUGAAC